UGUUUUUUCCGGUGAACAAGUAGCGAAGUGGCCAACAAUGGCGAAUUCGAGCGUCCUUCAUAUUAUUCCCCAAGUAUUAGCUACCGCGAGCUUGAGUCCUGUCCUCUCUAGUACAACAGAAAACGCCAUGGCUAUGGCGACAACCCAUUCGUCGUCGUCUCCGACUGGGUCCUUGAAGAACUUCAAAAGCUUGGAUGAACUCAGGACCUUUCAUUGUUCCUUGAUGAAACAAGGUUUUGCUAAGGAUGUUUCACCUAUCUCCAAGCUUAUAGCCCGUAGUUGUGAAAUGGGCACUCGUGAAAGCUUGAGCUUUGCCCGAAAGGUGUUCGAUUUCUUAGAGGAUGAAGACGAAACGUGCGGCUCUUCUUUCAUCUACAAUUCCUUGAUUAAGGGAUACACAUCUGCUGGGAUAUGCAAGGAAGCCAUCUCGCUUCUUGCUCGAAUGGUAAUGGCGGGAAUUUCUCCCGACAAGUACACGUUUCCGAUUGGGUUGAAUGCUUGUGUGAAGAGUAGGGCGUAUACUGAAGGGAUUCAGAUUCACGGGUUGGUCGCGAAGAUGGGUUAUGCUAGAGAUCUGUUCGUGCAGAAUUCAUUGAUUCAUUUCUACGCAGAGUGCGGAGAGGUCGACUACGCGCGGAAGGUGUUUGAUAAAAUGACCGAAAAAAACGUUGUCUCGUGGACCAGCAUGAUCUGUGGUUACUCUAGAAGGGAUCUCGCCAUGGAAGCCGUCAGUUUGUUCUUCGAGAUGGUAAGUAAUGGUGCAAUGCCUAAUACGGUCACUAUGGUGUGCGUGAUAUCUGCUUGUGCGAAGCUGGAGGAUGUCGAAACGGGCGAGAAAGUUUGUGCCUUUAUCCGUGAGGCAGGUGUUGAGAUGAACGACCUUAUGGAGAAUGCUCUUGUCGAUAUGUACAUGAAAUGUGGUGAUAAUGAUGGAGCAAAUCGGCUUUUUGUCGAUUGUGUGAGUAAAAGUGUGGAUUUAUGCAACACUAUGAUGUCAAAUUAUGUACGACAAGGAUUGGCAAUGGAGGCAUUAGUUAUCUUGGGUCAAAUGAUGGGAUGGGAUAUUCGUCCAGACAGGAUUACAAUAUUAAGUGCGUUAUCAGCGUGUUCGCAACUGAGGAAUAACGUUGAAGGACGAAAGAGUUGUCACGGAUACAUACUGAGGCAUGGCCUUGAAGGUUGGGGCAACAUAUGCAAUGCUUUGAUUGAUAUGUACAUGAAAUGUAGCAAGCAAGAAACUGCGGUUAGUAUCUUUGGUCGGAUGCCGAACAAGACAGUGGUCUCAUGGAACUCGAUAGUUGCGGGUUAUGCAGAGAAUGGUGAUUUGGAUUCAGCUUGGGAGACAUUCAUAAACAUGCCAGAGACCAAUAUCGUUUCUUGGAACACGAUCAUCAGUGCUAUGGUUCAAGAAAGCAUGUUCGAGGAAGCGGUUGAGCUUUUCCGGGUAAUGCAGAAGGAGGGGGUCAACCCAGACAGAGUGACAAUGGUAAGUGUUGCAUCUGCAUGUGGUUAUUUAGGAGCUCUCAAUCUUGGAAAGUGGAUUCAGCAGGAUGUCAGACUUUGUACAACCUUAGUCGAUAUGUUCGCUAGGUGUGGUGAUCCUGAAAGCGCGAUGUGGGUUUUCAACGAGAUGACCAAGAGAGAUGUCUCGGCUUGGACUGCUGCCAUAGGGGCGAUGGCCAUGUCAGGAAAUGCAGGACGAGCAUUAGAUCUUUAUAACGGGAUGAUUGAACGAGGGUUGAAGCCAGAUGGGGUAGUGUUUGUUGGAGUAUUAGCAGCUUGUAGUCAUGGCGGUUUGGUCCAACAAGGUCGGGAAAUUUUCAAUUCGAUGGAGAAAGUUCAUGGAGUUUCUCCACAAAUUGUGCAUUAUGGAUGCAUGGUCGAUCUUCUUGGUCGUGCUGGAUUGUUGGAUGAAGCUAUGGAUCUCAUAAAGUCCAUGCCAGUGGAGCCUAACGAUGUUAUUUGGAGCUCUCUUUUAGCAGCUUGUCGUGUUCACAAGAAUGUCGAGAUUGCAGCUUACACAGCUGAAAGGAUAAAAGGGUUGGCCCGAGAGAGAACCGGAGUUCAUGUUCUUCUGUCAAACGUGUAUGCAUCCGCUGGAAGGUGGAAUGAUGUAGCGAAAGUGAGGCUUCAUCUGAAAGAGAAAGGACAACGUAAAUUACCCGGAUCGAGUUUACUAGAGCUCUGUGGUAAAAUUCACGAAUUUACCUCAGGCGAUGAGUCACACCCCGAGAUGCCUCGAAUGGAGGCCAUGCUAGAGGAAAUGAGCCAAAGAGCAAGAGACAUGGGUUAUGUACCAGAUCUUGACAAUGUUCUGCUCGAUGUAGAUGAGCAAGAGAAGGAAUUUCUGCUCAGCCGCCACAGCGAGAAACUGGCUAUGGCCUUCGGGCUCAUCAGCUCGAGUGAAGGGACAGCAAUCCGAGUUGUCAAGAACCUAAGGAUAUGCUCCGAUUGCCACUCAUUCGCAAAGUUGACAUCCAAAGUGUACAACCGAGAAAUCGUUCUCAGAGACAAUAACCGGUUUCACUUCUUCCGCCAUGGGCAAUGUUCCUGUGGUGACUUUUGGUGAUUCAGAAAUAGACAUAUA